AUGAUUGAAAAAUAUCCAAACUUAAGUAAUGAAAGAAUUAAUAUAGAGAAUCCCAUUGAAUUAUUAGAAAAUGAAUUUACCUCAGAAAAAAAAAGCUUAGGCAACGAAUCAAACAAGUACAUUGGAAAAGAAUUUCACGGAGUCAUUCCAUUUGAAUAUAAUAAUGGAUAUGGAUAUUUACAUACAAGACUAAAGUGGAUUUUGGACAAUAAUGAAAUAAAUGGCCAAUUUAAAAAUGAAAUUUACUCUUUUCUUGAAACUCUUGGCGAACUGAGAGUUUUGGGAGUAUAUAAUGAACCGUACAAAAGAUAUCGGAGAGCAUUUGAUACCUUUUCAAUGAAAUUUGAUUCUUGUGAUGACUACAAUGAAAACAUAAUUGGUGAUUUACGUUACCAGUGUUAUCAGAGUUCUGCAUCCGGUAGAAAAGAACUAAAAAUUAUUGAUAGAUUUAUUAAAGAAUGGAGUAAGCGUGAUCGAGAAAACAAACUAUUACAUUCAUAUAGGGGUGCAAUGUCAGAAUGGCUGAAUAGAAGUGAGCUCGGUGCGAAUAAAAUGGAAUCACAAAUGAAUAAUAGAGAAGAUGUUUUCAAAGAGAUUUUAGAUUCUUUAAAAGAUGUAAAUAACCUCUUACAACAGUCACAAAUAUUAUCUUUUCUAUCCCCGUCAUAUAUUUCAGAAAGACUAUUUCCAUUUAUGGUAGGGCAAACUAAUAAUUCAACUGGAGCUCUAUCAUGCGGGAUUUUUGGAGAGACAAUUAGAUCCGAAACACCUAAUCUAGGUGGUUCUCUUUCUUCUAUUGAAUUGGGGACUGAAAAUGUUGUAGAAGAAGAUGUUGCUAUUUUAAUCGAGGGAAGACCAAGCUCUUUAAGAACAGAGCCUGUUUUGGAAGCUAUUCAAAAAAGCAAUGAAAAUUCACUUAGUGUGAAUACAAACAAAAACGAGUCAGUUAUGAAUUGGAUAAAAGGUGGUUUUAACAGAAAACAGGAUUCUUAUGGAAAGCCGGAACUGAUUUAUGAUAGCAUUCACAAAGAAAUGAAAAAAAAAAUAUUAUCAGAUAGAGAAAAAAUUUUAUCUCAGAGACUGGGCCAAAAGUUGUGUGAUAUUGAGAAGAACGUUUCAACUCCCUCUAUAUUGAAUAAGGACCUUAUUAUAAAAGAAUAUUUUAGAAACUACCUUUCAGUUUACAAAAUCUUUAUUUCUAUGAGGGAAAGUUUAUAUAAACAACGUAAAUAUUAUAAAACUAUUCCCACAAUUGGUUCUAUUAAAUAUAAGAGACAGGGGAUUGAGCUCGAAGAAGUACGAACCAGACAAUUUCAAAGCAUUUACAACGAUGGAAUUUUUUCUGAACCAGCUAGUAAGGUCCGUAGAGUCUUAAUCUACAGGAGUGAAUGGAAGCGCCCUCCGAUGUACUUAUUAAUUACACACAGAGGAAGGCAUUGCAGAGGAAAUAAUCCACUAGCCAAAGAAGAUAAUAUUAAUUACGAUAUUGACACAGAUGAAGAAUGGGAAGAACAAUUUGGUGGUGAGGAUGUUGAAAACAUCGAUGAUGUGCCUGAUGUCUGUGAAGAAGACGAUGACAAUGAUGCAGUUGCUUCAGGAUGGUUAGUUCCGGACGGUUGCUUUCAGUCAGAUGAACUAUUGGAUGAAUUCACAAUUGAGAAUUCGAUAAACGAUAACGGCACAAAUAUUGUAAACCUAUUUUCUAUUUCAUCUCAAUAUCCGUCCCCAGUUGUAAUUUCAUUUCUUAAUCAUUCAAGUAUUGAUUUUGGGGUUGGAAUUUCAAUUCCGAAUGAAGAAUAUGUCAAUUCUAUACUAAAAGGCUAUUUAAUACAUUUUACACAAGAUUUUAGUUGUAUAUAUAAUAAGACAGACUUAUCUGGAUAUUUGAGUAUUACACCAGAUGAGUCAAAAUCUUUGAUCUCGUCAAAUACUUCAGAGAUUUUAAGUAAAAAGAAAAGUGUUCUUGACCUGCAGUUAAAGCAAGAUUUAUCUUACUUUAUUCAUGGAAAAUGGGCAUCAAUCAGAAAAAUAAUCGAAGAAUUUUUUGAAGUGUACAACUAUAAAGAUAUUAAAAAGGCCUCGGUUAUUCACUUUAUUAAAGAAAAUGUACGAAAGGCAAAACUUGAAGGAGAUGUAAGGUCUAGGUGGUAUGUAAACGAAAACAAUACAAGUCUUGAAUUAGAUUUUAGAAAAUUAUCUGAAUUAUUGUUACAGAGAAAAGGAGAAGAAAAAAAUCUUUUAAGUAAAGUGGAGCCCACAAAAAUAAGGCAGAAUCGAGCAUACUUACAAUCAGAUACCUCCCCAAAUCUUAAAUCACAGGCACAAUUUCCUGAAAACUCCCAAAAUUCAAAUUCUAAUGGAAAGGGAAAACUGCCGAGCUCCUGCAAAUAUUUGAGUGACGCUGACCCAGAAUAUCCUGUAAAUUACAAAAUUGUUUCAGAGGAUAAUGAGAACGGUAACAUCAAUUCACAAUUUGGCAUUAAAAUGACUGGUGGAACAUUAAAUUUUAUUUCAUCUUCUCAAGGAAGUGAGCAGCCAAGCUUCAGGGGGCAAGCAAUUGAAAAGGAAACGCAUACAAGGACAGCUCAUAAUAAUAAAAAGAGAAAAUGUUCAACUCCAAUAAGGAUUGCGUCCAAAAGUCAUUCUGACUGCUCAACUAACCAAGAAAAAAAGAAAAAUGGAAUCGAUGGGCUUGAUAGUAUUAAAACAAGUACUCCGGAUAGUAAAAGCUAUGCGCAUUUAUACAACAAUUCACUAAUUACACACUUCUUCCCGCCCAAAAUAAAAGACUGA